UGUCAAUACUGUCAUUAGUCGAACGUGUCUCCUGUCAAGGUAGUUCUCAUCUCUAUCAAAACAAGAAUUUAUGUUUUGAUUUUUUAAUUUGUAUUUAAUUUUAUAUAUUUGUGUAAAAUAGUAUUUGGUAUUGAGAUUUAAAUCAAGCUCAUUGAUAUAAUAUUGAAAAAUGUCUAGAAAACGAAAAGACAUCACGCGGGAAGCAAUUGCAAAGCAAUUCGUUCUCCCUGAAAGACAAUCUAAAAUCGAUAGUCUAUUGAGACAAGAUGGGCAAGCUUACUGCAUAUGCAGAUCUUCAGAUUCUUCCAGAUUUAUGAUUGCCUGUGAUUCUUGUGAAGAAUGGUAUCAUGGAGAUUGUAUAAAAAUAUCCGAAAAAGAUGCAAAACUGAUAAGGCAAUACUUCUGCGUCCGCUGUCAUGCUGAAGAUCCCACAUUGAUGACCAAAUGGAGGACAAAACGUGAAAGAGACGAAUCAGCUUCACAUGAAGAAAAAAGGUCCAAAAAACAUAGACAAAAAUAUGAGGGAGAAGGAAGGAACAGGACCAGCAGGGAGGAGAAAUCAAAAAGUAAAUCAGAUAAAAAAUCAAAAAAAUGUGGUGAAUGUAUGGGAUGUUAUCGAACCGAAGACUGUGAAAGAUGCGACGUUUGUGUUAGAAAGAGGAAACAUGGUUCAUCAAAAAAUAGAGAGAGAUGCAAACAGAGGAUGUGUGUCAAUGCUUUGACUGGCGGAUUUGGUGGCACCCGCCGUAAACGUAAAGAAUCUGUCUCAGACCAUGACCAAUCAUUUAAUGAACAUCUCAAAACUGACUACCCCCGGCAAUGUUACGGUCCUAAAUGCAUAAAAAGCGCAAGAUUUGGUUCAAAAUAUUGUUCUGAUAUGUGUGGAAUGAACCUAGCAAAAACAAGGAUUCUUCAAGUGUUACCCCAACGUUUGCAGGAAGCUUCUUUAAGUCCAUGUGUUGCAGAAGAAAUUAACUUGAAAGCUUUGGAGCAAGUGAGAAAACAGCAACAAGAAGCCCGACAAAUGUUGCAAGUACUGGACAAACGACACCGUGAGAUUGAUAAUAUUGUUGAAAGAGCAAAAAACACAACAAUUGAUCCUGAAUGGGAGAAUGAUGUUGAAAAGGACGAAGAAAGCUCCAUGUAUUGUGUAACUUGCGGCCAUGAAAUCCAUUCCAAAACCGCUAUCAGGCAUAUGGAGAAGUGCUUUAACAAAUACGAGUCUCAAUCAUCAUUUGGUGGAGUUUUCAAAACAAGAAUCGAAGGCAACAAUAUGUUUUGUGACUUUUACAAUCCCCUAAAUCAUACUUAUUGCAAACGAUUGAGAGUUUUAUGCCCCGAGCAUUGCAAAGAUCCAAAAAUCGGUGACAAUGAGGCGUGUGGUUGUCCAUUGGUUUCAAAUGUGUUUUCGCUCACUGGUAAAUUGUGCAGAGCACCGAAAAAAUCUUGCACCAAACACUACGUUUGGGAAAAAUUGAGAAGAGCCGAAGUGGAUCUUGAAAGAGUAAGACAAUGGUUAAAAAUCGAUGAGUUAUUGGAAAAAGAACGUCAAAUUAAAACCAGCAUGGGCAAUAGAUCCGGCGUUCUGGCGUUAAUGCUGCAUAGCACUUACAAUCAUGAACUUAUGGAAAGGCUUACCCAAGCUCAGGACCAACAGGCUAUGCAGAUGGAACUGGAGAAAGCUAGGCAGAAGAAGAAAUUAUGAUUUCCCUGAAUGAUUUCUUGGGAUUUUGUAGAUGUUAGGUGCAUACAUAGUUUUUUUCUUUCUGUUAGUGUUUUAGUUUCAAAUAAAGUAAUAUUAUUAUUAUAACUCAUUUCUCUAGGUAAUGCUGGCUAUAACCAAUUGCAUUCCACUAUAAAAUAAAAUGUUUAUCGACGCAUGUAGCAAUUAUUACAAAUUUCAGGUCUAACUAUGAGAUUGCAAAAUGACAAAAAGAAGGAGAUCUAAAAUCAUAAUUUAAAUAGGCACCCAAGACUUGACAGACAUAAGAAUUUUGGAAUUUUUUUACCUGUGUUAAUGACUUCAAAUUUAACUUAGAUGCCAGUAGUUUGGUCACUUUACAUUUCUAAAUCACAACUGACAUCCAAAAGAAGUUCACUAAACUACUACUAUAGGUCUGUUCAAACCCACCAAAAAAACCAUCCCAAGAAUGGUUUCGAAACCAGUCUGUAUACACAUUUCGGAUUCUACCCACAAAUUUUAUGUUCUGCCCAGAAUCCUGAUGAUGAAAUGUACAGUUCCCUGCCGGGUUGGAACAAACCUAUAUGUGUGAAUCAGGGUAAUCAUUUCCUCACUUGCUCAAAGGCUAAUAAAAAUCUAUCCCAAACUUUCAAAUAAAACGCAAAUAAAGUUAAAAAUGUUCAAAUUAUUAAUUAAAAAAGUUAGAAUAAUAUUAUCAGCUCAAAAAUAAUUUGUGAGUUAGGUUAACAAAGCUAAUUAAAAGUUAAAAUGAUACUGAAAAAUGUGAAGUACAUUGAAAAAAUGAACUAGCCCUUUAGGCUACUCAUUCCAGCCCUCAUAAUUUCAUCCACCAACAAUAAAUUACUGGCUAUGACUGAACAAGAAUUAAUUAUUUGUUUUUUAACAAUGUAAUUGUCAAAAAUUCCAGCAUCUUUUGGAGAAAUUGGCUCUCCGGAAGUCAGAUCUAAGCCAAUUGGCUCGGGACUUGUGUGGCUUUCUUCUUGAAGUUUGACAAUGGUUUCUUGGACAUCAAAUCCAGAAUUUGUAGCCAGAAUCUUGGGAAUAACCAGCAGAGCUUCAGCAUACGCAACUACCCCCAACCUAGUCUUGCCUUUAACAGUGUCUUUCCACUGAAGAAGUUCUUUGUUGGCAGCAAUUUCGAAGGCGCCAGCACCUAAAGCAAAGUUCCAGUUAAUCUUCAAAAAGAAAAAAAUUGAUAACAAAAUAUUACCUGGAAUUACAGCUUUAUCUUCAAUAGCAUUAUUGAUAGCUCUCAAACCAUCUCUAAUAGCAUCUUUGAUUUGUUGCAAAGAAUGUUUAUUGGGGCCUUUCAAUAAAAUAGUAACAGAUUGAGGGUUCUUGCACUCCUCAACAAAAGUAAACUUAGUUUCACCAAGGACAUGUUCAUAAACUAGGCCAGCAUAUCCAAGACAAGACUCGCUCAAGUCAUCAAAAGUAUUCAUGGCAGUACCACCACAAGCCAAAGAUAAACGUUCCAUGUUUCGCCUUUUGGCUCUUCUUAAGGCUAUAAUACCUUCCUUUGCUAAUUGAUCCAAGCUCAUAGGAUCAAUUCCUUUCUGGUUGAUGAUAACAAAAGUCUUAUUGGUACCAGUGCAAAUUUUUUUCUUCAACUCAAUGACUUUCUUGACUCUCUGAUCAAUAAACUCACGUUCAGCAAGAACCAUCUUGUCUCUCUCCUCAGCAGUUUUGUAGAAAAAGCCAGAAUUGACUUCACUCUUUUCAUAUUCCAAACUCACAUUGCAAGUUAAAAUGUAGCAAUUUUCCAGACGUUUUGGCAUGUCUGGAUGACGGGAUCCAUGAUCAAGUACCAAACCUUUGAUUAAUGAUGAAUCAGUCUCGGUUUUGUGUUGCAUUUGCAUUAAUUCAACCAUAUGCAAAUCAACAGGUUUGUUGUCUUUGGGUCUUAUCGCUAAGACUGCUUCGACACAAACUUCUGUAAGGACAUCAGCCAAAGUUUGAUGAACCUAUCAAUUAAAGACAUUU